ACUUCCUGCUCACGCUGGCGCUCUCCCUUUCCCCCUCUACCCGGACCCGGAUGGUGACUGGCGGCGGCGGCUCCAGGGACUGUCAGUGAGCGGCUCCCCCCGGGCCUCUUGUCCUGAGGGCGGCGGCGGCAGCGGCCCGGAAGAUGGCUGCGGCGGCCUCCUGCUCCUCGGCGGUGGCGGCGCCGGCUGGGGCCGGGCCCGGGCCGGUGUCGGCCGGGCCGGGCUCCUGCGAGUGGCUGCUGCUGCGGGACGGCUGCCUGCGCUGCGACGCCGACGGUCUCUGCAGCUUGUGCUACCACCCGGCGCUCAACGCCAUCCUGGCCGUGACCGCCCGCGGCGCCAUCAAAGUCAUCGACGGCACCUCGGGGGCCACGCUACAGGCGUCGGCGCUGAACGCUAAACCAGGUGGACGGGUGAAAUGUCAGUAUAUUUCUGCUGUGGAUAAAGUGAUCUUUGUGGAUGAUUAUGCAGUAGGAUGUAGGAAAGAUCUCAAUGGCAUCUUACUGUUAGACACAGCUCUGCAAACACCUGUUUCAAAACAAGAUGAUGUGGUUCAGCUUGAAUUGCCGGUUACAGAGGCUCAGCAGCUGUUAUCUGCUUGCAUAGAAAAAGUAGAUGUUUCUAGUACAGAGGGAUAUGACUUAUUCAUUACACAACUGAAGGAUGGUUUAAAAAAUACCUCACAUGAAACAGCAGCAAAUCAUAAAGUUGCAAAGUGGGCAACAGUUACUUUCCACCUUCCUCAUCAUGUUUUAAAGUCUGUCGCCAGUGCCAUUGUAAAUGAACUCAAGAAGAUAAAUCAAAAUAUUGCUGCCUUACCUGUAGCAUCCUCUGUGAUGGAUAGGUUAUCUUACCUCUUACCCAGUGCUCGACCAGAACUUGGUGUGGGACCCGGUCGAUCUGUGGACAGGUCUUUGAUGUAUAGUGAAGCUAACAGACGGGAGACAUUCACUUCAUGGCCUCAUGUGGGUUAUAGGUGGGCACAGCCAGAUCCUAUGGCUCAAGCUGGGUUCUAUCACCAGCCUGCUUCAUCAGGAGAUGACAGAGCCAUGUGUUUUACCUGUAGUGUAUGUUUGGUGUGUUGGGAGCCUACAGAUGAACCUUGGUCUGAACAUGAGAGACAUUCCCCAAACUGCCCAUUUGUCAAGGGUGAGCACACUCAGAAUGUACCUCUUUCAGUCACACUGGCAACAAGUCCAGCACAGUUUCCCUGCACAGAUGGCACUGACAGAAUAGCCUGUUUUGGAUCUGGAAGUUGCCCUCAUUUUCUAGCUGCUGCAACAAAACGAGGAAAGAUCUGUAUAUGGGAUGUUUCCAAACUUAUGAAGGUCCACUUAAAAUUUGAGAUCAAUGCAUAUGAUCCAGCUAUUGUGCAGCAACUUAUGUUAUCAGGAGAACAGAGCUCAGGGGUUGACUCAAGGAGACCAACACUAGCAUGGCUAGAAGAUUCAUCUAGUUGUUCAGAUAUACCAAAAUUAGAAGGAGACAGUGAUGACCUGCUGGAGGAUUCAGACAGUGAAGAGCAUUCCAGAUCAGAAUCUGUGACAGGGCAUACAUCACAAAAAGAAACUAUGGAAAUCAGCCUUGAUAUAACAGCUCUCAGCAUCCUUCAACAACCCGAAAAACUUCAGUGGGAAAUUGUUGCAAAUGUUCUGGAAGACACGGUUAAAGAUCUAGAAGAACUUGGGGCAAAUCCCUGUUUGGCCAACUGUAAGAGUGAAAAGAUGAAGGAGAAACAUCUAGAACAACACAACAUUCCCUUUCCUUGUUUAUUAGCUGGAGGUCUGUUAACAUACAAAUCACCUGCUACCUCUCCUGUUAGCAGUAACUCUCAGAGGUCACUGGAUGGCUUAAGUAGGACUCGAGGUGAGAGUGUCUCAGAACAGGGAUCAACUGACAAUGAAUCCUGCACUAAUUCCGAACUGAAUUCCCCUCUGGUAAGGAGGACUUUACCUGUAUUGCUGCUAUACAGCAUUAAGGAGUCUGAUGAAAAAGCAGGAAAACUCUUUUCACAGAUGAACAAUAUUAUGAGUAAAAGUAUACAUGAUGAUGGUUUCACAGUUCCACAGAUCAUUGAAAUGGAGCUGGACAGUCAGGAGCAGUUGCUAUUACAGGAUCCCCCUGUGACUUACAUUCAGCAGUUUGCAGAUGCUGCAGCCAACCUAGCUUCUCCGGACUCGGACAAGUGGAGCUCUAUGGUUCCCAAGCCUGGGACUUUGGUUCAAUGCCUGCGUCUGCCAAAGUUUGCAGAGGAGGAGAACCUGUGUGUAGAUUCAAUCACGCCUUGUGCAGAUGGAGUUCAUCUGUUAGUAGGACUGCGGACUUGUUCUGUCGAAUCUCUGAGUGCAAUAAAUCAAGUAGAGGCCUUGAACAAUUUAAAUAAAUUAAACUCGGCACUAUGUAAUAGAAGGAAAGGGGAACUAGAAUCAAGUCUUGCUGUAGUGAAUGGCACGAGUGUUGAUGUAAUCCAACAUGAGUCACCAGCAGAUGUACCAACUCCUUUAAUAAUUCAGCCUGAACAGAGAAGUGUUAGUGGUGGAUACCUAGUGCUUUAUAAGAUGAAUUAUGCCACUAGAAUAGUUACUCUAGAGGAGGAACCAGUAAAAAUCCAGCAUAUCAAAGACCCCCAAGACACAAUUACCUCAAUGAUUUUGCUCCCACCAGAUAUAUUGGAUAAUCGAGAAGAUGACUGUGAGGAGCCUGUAGAGGAAAUACAGUUAACUUCUAAAAAUGGCAGUGGGAGAGAGAGAAGAUCAGAGAUCUCUACUCUUGGGCACCUGGUAAUAACUACUCAGGGAGGAUAUGUAAAAAUACUAGAUCUUACAAACUUUGAAAUUCUGGCCAAAGUGGAGCCACCCAAAAAGGAGGGCACUGAGGAACCAGAUAUGUUUGUCUCUGUGAUAUACUGUUCGGGCACAGACAGAUUAUGUGCAUGCACCAAAGGUGGAGAACUUCAUUUCCUUCAGAUUGGAGGAACCUGUGAUGACAUAGAUGAAGCUGAUAUACUUGUAGAUGGAUCCCUUUCUAAAAGUGUAGAACAGUCCUCAGAAGGUACCAAGCCCUUAUCUAAUCCUUCAAGUCCAGGCAUUACAGGAGUUGAUCUUUUGGUGGACCAGCCAUUUUCUCUUGAAACGUUGACAUCCCUGGUUGAACUGACCCGUUUUGAGACCUUGACGCCACGGUUUUCAGCCACUGUCCCUCCCUGUUGGGUAGAAGUCCAGCAAGAGCAGCAGCAAAGGCGGCAUCCUCAGCACUUGCACCAGCAGCACCAUGGGGAUGCAGCUCAGCAUACUCGAACUUGGAAGCUCCAGACAGACAGCAACAGCUGGGAUGAGCAUGUCUUUGAACUUGUUCUGCCAAAAGCCUGUAUGGUCGGACAUGUGGACUUCAAAUUUGUUUUGAAUUCAAACAUCACAAACAUUCCCCAGAUUCAAGUGACUUUACUGAAAAAUAAAGCUCCAGGCUUAGGGAAAGUCAAUGAAGCAGCAGUAGACAGGCAGAUCACAUUUCCUCUAUCUCCAGCUCAUAAUAUUGAAGUGGAAAGAAAUGGAAAACCAGGACUGGUUGAAUUCAGUGAAGAAAUGCAGUAUAUGGAUGUAGAGGAACCACAGUGUCUUAGAUUGUGUCCCUUUCUGGAGGAACACAAGGAAGAUAUACUUUGUGGUCCAGUAUGGCUGGCUACUGGACUUGAUCUGUCAGGACAUGCUGGAAUGUUGACUCUGACAAGUCCAAAGCUUGUUAAAGGCAUGGCUGGUGGCAAGUACCGCUCAUUUUUAAUUCAUGUUAAAGCAAUGAAUGACAGAGGAACAGAAGAGAUCUGCAAUGGUGGCAUUAGACCAGUUGUUAGAAUACCGUCUCUGAAACCUCAGACUAACAAGGGCCAUUCCCUUGCUUCACUAUUGGCAAAAGUAGCAGCAGGCAAGGAAAAGCCAUCUAGCAAAAUCGAAGCCACUAAUUCUUCAAGAAAAUCAGAUAAUCUGAGAGGUUGUGACUUACUUCAAGAAGUAUCUGUAACGAUUCGAAGAUUUAAAAAAACUUAUAUGUCAAAAGAAAGAGUUCAACGGUGUGCCAUGUUACAGUUUUCAGAGUUCCAUGAGAAGCUGCUCACCACUCUUUGCAAGAAGACAGAUGAUGGUCUGACUACAGAACAUGCUCAGAGUCUUGUACUAGACACACUUUGUUGGCUGGCUGGAGUGUAUUCAAAUGGACCUGGCAGCUCAAAGGAAGGAAAUGAUAGCUUGCUUUCUAAAACACGUAGGUGUGUCUCCGAUAUAAUACGUGUUUGCUUCUUUGAAGCUGGGCGGAGCAUAGCUCACAAAUGUGCACGAUUUCUUGCACUAUGCAUCAGCAAUGGCAGGUGUGACCCAAGUCAGCAAGGGUUUGGAUCAGUUCUCCUAAAAGCUUUACUUGACAAUAUGCCUCUUUUGCCUGCUGCUGCAACAGGUGGAUCUGUGUAUUGGUAUUUUGUCUUGCUGAAUUAUGUAAAGGAUGAAGAUUUGGCAGGAUGUAGUACAGCUUGUGCAUCAUUGCUAACUGCUGUGUCCCGACAGUUGCAGGAUCGCCUAACACCUAUGGAAGCAUUACUUCAAACAAGAUACGGAUUAUAUAGUUCGCCUUUUGAUCCAGUUCUGUUUGAUUUGGAAAUAAGUGGCUCUUCUUGUAAAAAUAUAUACAACAGCAGCAUUGGAGUACAGUCAGAUGAAAUUGAUUUGUCUGAUGUUCUAUCAGGAAAUGGGAAAAUAUGUAGCUGUGCAGCUGCGGAAGGUAGUUUUACUUCCCUUACUGGACUUCUGGAAGUUGAACCUCUGCACUUUACCUGUGUUUCAACAAGUGAUGGAACUAGAAUAGAAAGGGACGAUGCAAGUACGUUUACUGUGAGUACCUUUGGGGUUACCCCAGCAGUUGGUGGCCUCUCUUCUGGAACAGUUGGGGAAGCCUCGACAGCACUGAGUUCAGCAGCCCAGGUAGCUUUGCAGUCUCUCUCUCAUGCAAUGGCCUCAGCCGAGCAACAGCUCCAGGUGCUGCAAGAGAAACAGCAGCAGCUUUUGAAGCUUCAGCAACAGAAAGCUAAGCUGGAAGCAAAACUGCAUCAGACAACAGCAGCAGCGGCGGCAGCAGCAUCAGCAGUUGGUCCUGUUCACAACUCUGUGCCUUCUAAUCCAGUAGCAGCCCCAGGGUUCUUCAUCCAUCCUUCAGAUGUCAUUCCACCCACACCAAAAACAACUCCUUUGUUCAUGACUCCACCUUUGACCCCGCCUAAUGAGGCAGUUUCUGCUGUUAUUAAUGCAGAACUUGCUCAGCUUUUCCCUGGUUCAGUCAUUGAUCCCCCAACAGUUAACCUUGCAACACAUAACAAAAAUACAAGCAAGUCCAGAACGAAUCCACUUGGAUCUGGUCUUGCCCUUGCAAUAUCUCACGCUUCACAUUUUCUUCAACCUCCACCUCAUCAGUCAAUUAUUAUAGAGCGAAUGCACUCAGGAGCAAGAAGAUUCGUGACCUUAGAUUUUGGAAGACCUAUACUGCUGACGGAUGUAUUGAUUCCCACUUGUGGAGAUUUGGCUUCUUUGUCAAUUGACAUCUGGACUUUAGGAGAAGAAGUAGAUGGAAGACGACUGGUAGUGGCUACUGACAUUAGCACGCAUUCUCUUAUUCUACAUGACUUGUUACCACCCCCAGUUUGCAGGUUUAUGAAGAUCACUGUUAUUGGUCGAUAUGGUAGCACAAAUGCCAGAGCAAAAAUCCCUUUAGGAUUUUAUUAUGGCCAUACCUAUAUCUUACCCUUUGAAAAUGACUUGAAACUAAUGCAUGAUCCCCUCAGAGAAGGUGAAGCUGCAAAUCAGCCGGAAAUUGACCAACAUUUGGCAAUGAUGAUUGCAUUGCAAGAAGACAUACAAUGCAGGUACAAUUUGGCCUGUCACCGGUUAGAAAUCCUUCUGCAGAGUAUUGACCUGCCACCACUGAAUAGCGCUAACAAUGCCCAGUACUUUUUACGAAAGCCAGAUAAGGCAGUAGAAGAAGAUAGCAGAGUCUUUUCUGCUUAUCAGGACUGCAUUCAGCUACAGCUUCAGCUCAACUUGGCUCACCAUGCUGUUCAGAGACUCAAAGUAGCUUUAGGUGCAAGCAGGAAAACACUGAAGGAGCAAUCUGAUCCAAAAGAGUUGAUUCAGAUGUCAUCCACAGAACAGUUACGCACCAUCAUUAGAUACUUACUGGAUACCUUGCUUAGUUUGCUUCAUUCUUCCAAUGGGCACUCUGUUCCUGUGGUUCUGCAAAGUACUUUCCAUGCUCAAGCUUGUGAAGAAUUAUUUAAACACCUGUGUAUCAGUGGAACCCCUAAGAUACGGUUGCAUACUGGCCUUCUGCUUGUUCAGCUCUGUGGAGGAGAAAGGUGGUGGGGUCAGUUUCUGUCAAAUGUACUGCAAGAAUUAUACAAUUCAGAGCAACUUCUCAUAUUCCCACAAGACAGGGUCUUCAUGUUGCUUUCUUGCAUUGGCCAAAGAUCGCUUAGCAACAGUGGUGUUUUAGAAAGUUUACUUAAUCUCCUGGAUAACCUGCUGUCACCACUGCAACCUCAUUUACCUGUGCACAGAAGAACUGAAGGAGUUUUAGACAUUCCCAUGAUCAGCUGGGUUGUAAUGCUGGUGUCCAGGCUAUUGGAUUAUGUAGCUACUGUUGAAGAUGAAGCAGCCACAGCCAAGAAGCCUCUGAAUGGAAAAGAGAGGGAUCGAUUUUUGACAGGAAACCAGUGGAGUUUUAUAAAUAAUAGCCUUCACACUCAGAGUCUGAGCAGAUCUACUAAAGGCAACAGUAUCCUAGAUAGAGUGUAUUCCCGAAAGAUCAGGAAACAGCUUGUGCAUCAUAAACAGCAACUUAACUUAUUAAAAGCAAAACAGAAGGCUUUGGUGGAACAGAUGGAAAAAGAGAAAAUACAAAGCAACAAAGGAUCAUCAUACAAACUUUUAGUAGAACAGGCAAAACUAAAGCAGGCUACUUCAAAGCACUUCAAGGACUUAAUACGCCUACGUCGGACUGCAGAAUGGCCUCGUUCUACUUUAGAUACAGAAGUAUCAACAGCAAAGGAAACUCCAGAAAUUGAACCACUUCCAUUUACAUUGGCACAUGAACGUUGCAUUUCAGUAGUGCAGAAGCUGGCACUCUUUCUCUUGUCCAUGGACUUUACUUGUCAUGCAGAUUUACUUCUGUUUGUUUGUAAGGUUCUUGCUAGAAUUGCCAAUGCUACAAGACCAACAAUUCAUUUAUGUGAGAUUGUAAAUGAGACUCAGUUGGAAAGAUUAUUGCUGCUUCUCGUCGGAACUGACUUUAACAGAGGAGACAUCUCUUGGGGAGGAGCAUGGGCUCAGUAUUCUUUGACUUGUAUGCUGCAGGAUAUUCUAGCAGGAGAGUUGUUGGCGCCUAUAGCAGCUGAAGCUAUGGAAGAAAGUGCUUUGGGAGAAGAUGCUGGAGCUUCGGCUGGGGAUUCUGAUGACUCUCUCCAGCAGUCCACAGUUCAGUUAGUGGAGACAAUAGAUGAGCCUUUGACCCAUGACAUCACAGGUGCUCCACCUCUGUCAUCUUUGGAAAAAGAUAAGGACAUUGAUCUUGAAUUACUGCAAGACCUGAUGGAAGUUGAUAUUGAUCCUUUAGAUAUUGAUUUAGAGAAAGAUCCUCUUGCAGCCAAAGUCUUCAAGCCUAUAAGCAGCACCUGGUAUGAUUACUGGGGUGCUGAUUAUGGCACCUACAAUUACAAUCCUUACAUUGGAGGCGUUGGAAUUCCAGUUGCAAAACCACCGGUAACUACAGAGAAAAAUGGAUCACAAACUGUGAGCGUAUCAGUGUCUCAAGCUUUAGAUGCACGUCUAGAAGUUGGACUCGAACAGCAGGCUGAGCUGAUGCUGAAAAUGAUGUCCACCCUGGAGGCUGAUUCCAUUCUACAAGCAUUAACAAACACAUCACCUACAUUAACCCAGUCUCCUAGUGGAACAGAUGAUUCAUUGCUAAGAGGAUUACAUGCUGCUAAUCAGAACUCCCAGUUGGUUGUACAGUUGUCAUCUAUACCUAUGCUGAGUGCAUGCUUCAACAAACUCUUUUCCAUGCUGCAGGUCCACCAUGUUCAGCUUGAAUCCCUUUUACAGUUAUGGCUCACAUUAAGCCUGAAUUCCAGCUCCUCUGGAAGUAAAGAUAGUGGCACUGAUAUUUUCCUUUAUAAUGCUAAUCGAAUACCUGUCAUUUCCUUGAACCAAGCUUCUGUAACUAGCUUCCUGUCAGUUCUGGCGUGGUAUCCGAAUACCUUACUCCGGACAUGGUGCCUUGUGCUUCAUAGCCUAACUCUCAUGACAAAUAUGCAGCUUAAUGCUGGUCCAAGCAGUGCCAUUGGAGCUCAGGAAAGUACUGCCCAAUUGUUGGUGUCAGAUCCAAGCCUCAUUCAUGUGUUAGUGAAAUUUCUUUCUGGCACUAACCCUCAUGGAACAAAUCAACACAGUCCACAGGUUGGGCCAACAGCGACACAAGCUAUGCAAGAAUUUCUUACUCGAUUACAAGUGCACCUCUCUUCAACUUGUCCUCAGAUGUUCAGUGAAUUUUUAUUGAAAUUAAUACAUAUACUUUCAACAGAAAGGGGUGCUUUCCAGACAGGCCAGGGACCCUUGGAUGCACAAGUGAAACUCUUGGAAUUUACCCUGGAACAGAAUUUUGAAGUUGUAUCAGUUAGCACUAUUUCUGCAGUGAUUGAGUCUAUAACCUUCCUUGUGCAUCAUUACAUUACAUGUUCGGACAAAGUGAUGUCUCGCAGCGGCUCAGACAGCUCUGUGGGUGCUCGAGCGUGUUUUGGAGGGCUUUUUGCCAAUAUUAUCCGUCCAGGUGAUGCCAAAGCAGUUUGUGGAGAGAUGACAAGGGAUCAACUGAUGUUUGAUUUGUUAAAACUAGUCAACAUUUUGGUUCAACUACCGCUUUCCAGUAACCGAGAAUACAGUGCCCGUGUUCCGGUAGCAAGCAGUACUACAGACAGUGUGUCUGAUGAAGAAAAGGUUUCAGGAGGCAAAGAUGGCAACGGAAGCAACCCUAAUACUCAAGGAUCAACUGCAUAUGUGGCAGACUUGGUGUUAGCCAACCAGCAAAUUAUGAGCCAGAUUUUGUCUGCACUUGGCCAGUGUAACAGCAGUGCUAUGGCAAUGAUUAUUGGUGCGAGUGGCUUACAUCUUACUAAACAUGAAAAUUUUCAUGGUGGCUUAGAUGCAAUAUCAGUUGGAGAUGGGUUAUUCACUAUCCUGACAACACUUAGUAAAAAAGCAACAACAGUGCAAGUGAUGCUUCAGCCGAUUCUUACCUACAUGGCCUGUGGGUACAUGGGAAGACAGGGUUCUCUUGCCACUUGUCAGUUAUCUGAGCCCCUGCUCUGGUUCAUUUUACGGGUGUUGGAUACAAGUGAGGCACUGAAGGCUUUCCAUGAUAUGGGUGGUGUUCAGCUUAUUUGUAACAAUAUGGUAACGAGCACAAGAGCUAUUGUUAACACAGCAAGAAGUAUGGUUUCAACUAUUAUGAAAUUUCUUGAUUCUGGUCCCACCAAAGCAACAGAUAGCAGUUUGAAAGCUAGAGUGCUAGCUUCUGAGCCUGAUAAUGCAGAAGGAAUUCACAAUUUUGCACCUUUGGGUUCGAUCACCUCAAGCAGUCCCACUGCCCAGCCUGCUGAAGUGCUGUUACAGGCCACUCCUCCCCACAGACGAGCUCGGUCUGCUGCAUGGUCAUACAUAUUUUUACCUGAGGAAGCUUGGUGUGACCUCACGAUUCACCUUCCUGCAGCUGUGCUGCUCAAGGAGAUCCACAUCCAGCCUCACUUGGCCUCUCUGGCAACUUGCCCUUCAUCAGUAUCUGUUGAAAUAAGCGCAGAUGGUGUCAAUAUGUUACCUUUGUCAACUCCUGUUAUCACGAGUGGUCUCACCUAUAUAAAAAUCCAGCUAGUAAAAGCUGAAGUUGCCUCAGCUGUCUGCCUUCGUCUCCAUCGUCCUCGGGAUGCCAGUACACUAGGCCUCUCUCAGAUUAAACUGUUAGGCCUCACAGCAUUUGGAAACACCUCAUCUGCAACUGUCAAUAAUCCAUUCCUUCCCUCUGAGGAUCAAGUGUCUAAAACAAGUAUUGGAUGGUUAAGAUUGUUACACCACUGCCUCACUCACAUAAGUGAUUUAGAAGGAAUGAUGGCUAGUGCUGCAGCACCCACAGCUAAUCUGUUGCAGACAUGCGCUGCUUUACUAAUGUCACCUUACUGUGGUAUGCAUUCUCCAAACAUUGAGGCUGUGCUUGUCAAAAUUGGGCUUCAGUCCACCAGAAUAGGCCUAAAAUUGAUUGACAUUCUUCUAAGAAACUGCUCAGCCUCAGGGAGUGAUCCUGCAGAUCUGAAUAGCCCUUUACUGUUUGGAAGAUUAAAUGGUCUCUCUUCUGACUCCACAAUAGACAUUCUUUAUCAGCUUGGAACAACUCAAGACCCUGGAACAAAAGAUAGAAUUCAAGCACUGCUGAAAUGGGUCAGUGAUUCUGCAAGAGUUGCAGCUAUGAAAAAAAGUGGCCGGGUCAGCUACAUCUGUCCAAAUAGCUCAACAAAAGAGUAUGGUCUUUUGAUGCCAUCUCCUUCCCAUUUGCAUUGUGUAGCAGCAAUUUUGUGGCAUAGUUAUGAAUUACUUGUUGAAUAUGAUCUACCAGCGUUGCUGGACAGAGAGCUCUUCGAGUCACUGUUUAACUGGUCCAUGUCUCUUCCCUGCAACAUGGUUUUGAAGAAAGCUGUUGAUAGUUUGCUUUGCUCAAUGUGCCACAUCCACCCAAAUUAUUUUUCCUUACUCAUGGGAUGGAUGGGUAUCACUCCUCCUCCAAUGCAGUGUCAACACAGACUGUCCAUGACUGAUGACAGCAAAAAGCAGGACCUUAGUUCAUCUUUAACAGAUGACUCUAAAAAUGCACAAGCCCCCCUUGCACUAACAGAGUCUCACCUGGCUACUCUUGCUGCCUCGUCUCAGUCUCCUGAAGCUAUCAAGCAAUUAUUGGACUCGGGUUUGCCUUCCCUGCUUGUAAGAAGUCUUGCUAGUUUUUGCUUUAACCAUACUUCUAGCUCUGACUGCACUGCACAAUCAAUGGAUACUAGCCAGGACAGGCUCAGGAGGCAUCAUGUUCCACAGCACUUUAAUAAAAUGCCUAUCACGGCAGAUCUGGUUGCUCCUGUUCUCAGGUUUUUGACAGAAGUUGGCAACAGCCACAUGAUGAAGGAUUGGUUGGGUGGCUCUGAAGUCAAUCCAUUGUGGACAGCACUUUUAUUUCUGUUGUGCCAUUCUGGUGCUACUUCUGGAGGACACAAUGUGACAGCACAACAGACCAGUACAAGAUCUAGCUUGCUUUCUUCGACAGUAACAGCAGGGUUGACCACUCAGCAGCGGACAGCAAUUGAAAAUGCAACAGUUGCUUUCUUCUUGCAGUGCAUCUCUUGCCAUCCUAAUAACCAGAGACUUAUGGCACAGGUUCUCUGCGAAUUGUUUCAGUCCUCUCCUCAGCGUGGGAACCUCCCAACCUCUGGAAACAUUUCAGGAUUUAUUAGGAGGCUUUUUUUGCAGCUCAUGCUAGAGGAUGAAAAAGUGACUUUGUUUCUUCAGUCCCCGUGUCCACUGUACAAAGGUAGAAUUAAUGCUACCAGUCAUGUCAUUCAACAUCCAAUGUACGGAGCUGGACACAAAUUUCGUACCCUUCACUUGCCUGUCUCAACAACUCUAGCAGAGGUUCUUGAUCGUGUGUCAGAUACCCCCAGUAUUACAGCUAAGCUAAUUAAUGAACAGAAGGAAGAUAAAGAAAAAAAGAACUAUGAAGAGAAAGAAAAAGUUAAAGCAGAAAAUGGAUUUCAGGACAAUUAUAGUGUUGUCGUUGCUUCUGGUUUGAAAUCUCAGUCAAAAAGAGCUGUUUCAUCCACCCCUCCACGUCCACCAUCAAGGCGAGGAAGAGUGAUGGCAGAUAAAGUAGGUACCUCUUCCUCAGGAGGAGAAUCUUCCAGCAAGACUAUUAGUGUUCCAGUCUUUCAUCUAUACCAUAAACUUCUACCAGGCCAACCGUUACCAGCUGAAAUGACACUCGCCCAGCUUCUGACUCUGCUUUAUGACCGUAAACUCCCUCAAGGAUACCGUUCAAUAGAUUUGACAGUUAAGCUUGGCUCCAAAGUCAUCUCAGAUCCAAGCUUAUCAAAAACAGACUCAUUUAAACGUCUUCAUACAGAAAAAGAGCAUGUGGAUUUACUGGGACCUUGCCCUGAAGAUGAAGCCAUCAGUCCUGGGGAUGAGUGUAUGGAUGCAGUUCUAGACGAAUCGCUUCUUGAAACCUGUCCCAUUCAGUCUCCACUGCAAGUUUUUGCAGGAAUGGGUGGAUUGGCCCUUAUUGCAGAGAGACUCCCUAUGCUUUAUCCUGAUGUAAUUCAGCAAGUGAGUGAAAAAGUGAGCACUCCGGUGGUUACAUCAACCACACAGGAAAAGCAGAAGGACAGUGAUCAGUUUGAAUGGGUCACCAUCGAACAAUCAGGGGAAUUGGUAUAUGAAGCACCAGAAACAAUUGCUGCAGAACCUCCACCGAUCAAGUCAACAGUUCAGACUAUGUCUCCCAUACCUGCACAUUCUUUGGCUGCCUUUGGUUUAUUUCUUCGUCUCCCGGGCUAUGCUGAGGUGCUGCUAAAAGAACGGAAACAUGCUCAGUGUCUGUUGAGAUUGGUGUUGGGAGUUACAGAUGAUGGUGAAGGAAGUCAUAUCCUGCAGUCUCCUUCAGCGAAUGUGCUUCCAACUCUGCCAUUCCAUGUGUUGCGCAGUUUGUUCAGCACUACACCAUUAACUACUGAUGAUGGAGUACUGCUUAGGCGCAUGGCACUGGAGAUUGGGGCUAUACAUCUUAUCCUUGCUUGUCUCUCUGCUCUAAGCCACCAUGCACCAAGAGUGCCCAACUCUAGUCCCAACCAGGCAGAGCCGCAGGUGUCAAGUACACACAACACUGCAUCAACAGAAGAACAGCAGUUGUACUGGGCCAAGGGUACAGGCUUUGGAACAGGCUCCACAGCUUCAGGAUGGGAUGUUGAACAAGCUUUGACUAAGCAAAGGCUAGAAGAAGAGCAUGUGACCUGCCUUCUACAGGUUCUUGCCAGUUACAUAAACCCUGCAGGGAGUACAUCAAAUGGGGACACUCAAACUAGCCAUGAGGGUAGAGGACAAAACAGCACUGCUCUUCCAUCCGUUCUCCUAGAGCUACUCAGUCAGUCUUGCCUUAUCCCAGCCAUGUCAUCCUAUCUCCGCAACGAUUCAGUUUUGGAUAUGGCCCGACAUGUUCCCCUUUACCGAGCUCUGCUAGAAUUACUCCGUGCUAUUGCCUCCUGCACAUCGAUGGUACCAUUACUGCUGCCUCUGUCAGGGGAAAGUAGUGAAGAGGAGGAGGAACAGUUGGAGUCACAAGCUUCUGUUGGGACUUUGCUGGCUAAAAUGAAGACCUGUGUAGAUACCUAUACCAACAGACUGAGGUCUAAAAAAGACAAAGCUAAAGCAGGAGUAAAACCAGAUACUUCUGAUCAAGAGCCAGAGGGGUUGACACUUUUGGUACCAGACAUCCAGAAAACAGCAGAGAUAGUUUAUGCUGCUACCACCAGUUUGCGCCAAGCAAACCAAGAAAAGAAGAUGGCUGAAUACUGCAAAAAGGCUGCUGUGAAACCCAAGCCUUUGUCUGUUUUACGGUCUCUUGAAGAAAAGUAUGUGGCUGUCAUGAAAAAACUCCAAUUUGAUACAUUUGAAAUGGUUUCUGAAGAUGAUGACGGAAAAUUGGUCUUCAAAAUAAAUUACCACUACAUGUCUCAGGUAAAAAACGCGAGUGACGCCAACAGUGCUGCCAGAGCCCGACGUCUUGCUCAAGAAGCUGUGACUCUUUCAACCUCACUGCCUCUCUCAUCUUCAUCCAGCGUUUUUGUACGCUGUGAUGAAGAGCGGCUUGACAUAAUGAAGGUUCUUAUUACUGGUCCUGCAGACACCCCUUACGCAAAUGGUUGCUUUGAAUUUGAUGUAUAUUUUCCACAAGACUAUCCUAAUUCUCCUCCACUUGUGAAUCUGGAAACAACUGGAGGCCACAGCGUGAGAUUUAAUCCAAACCUCUACAAUGAUGGCAAGGUGUGUUUAAGUAUACUUAACACAUGGCAUGGGAGGCCAGAAGAGAAGUGGAAUCCCCAAACAUCAAGUUUUUUGCAGGUGUUAGUGUCUGUCCAAUCCCUAAUACUGGUAGCAGAACCAUAUUUUAAUGAACCAGGUUAUGAACGAUCCAGAGGUACUCCGAGCGGUACCCAGAGCUCCAGAGAAUAUGAUGGAAAUAUACGACAGGCAACAGUCAAGUGGGCAAUGCUUGAACAAAUCCGAAACCCAUCGCCAUGUUUUAAGGAGGUCAUCCACAAACAUUUUUACUUGAAAAGAGUGGAGAUCAUGGCUCAGUGUGAGGAGUGGAUAGCAGACAUACAGCAGUACAGCAGCGACAAACGGGUAGGCAGGACUAUGUCCCAUCAUGCUGCAGCUCUGAAGCGCCAUACAGCCCAGUUGCGGGAAGAACUUCUGAAGCUUCCCUGUCCUGAAGGAUUGGAUCCCGACGCCGAUGACCCCACAGAAAAAUGCGGUGCCACAAGCUCGGAAGAGACUGCGUUGCACGAACAGGUUAAACCCAGCAGCAGCAAAGACAUCCCCACUGAUUUCAAGUUAUGAGUUGCAUUGACAUGGACUUUCUAGACACAAAGGCUUUGAAGCACAAGCCAAAUAUGUCAAUAUUUGUAUGUAAGAAGCUAAUUAUGUAAUAGGUAAUGAAAUUGAAACUAUACUAUGCCCUUAAGGAUAUACAGUUGAACUCAAGAUGAUCUUUUAUUUACCUGUACAAGAGUGUAAACUUUUUUGUGCUUUUAUUUUUCAAUUGUGAGAACCACUGAUUGGUAUGUUUAAAAAGUGAUGUAUACAAGAAAUGGAUAAAUCACUGCUAUAUAAGGGAAACUACCUUAGGAAAGAAUGUUUACUGAAUGUUUAUUUUUUUUUUUACUUGUAGAGUGAGGGCGGUUGUAACAAAGAAUAUAUAUUGGUCAUUCUUACAGCUACUAUUUAAAGUCAGACAAUUUUCACUGAAUUUGAUAGAUUUUACGUUUGGCCAUAUAGUCAUGCUCAUCUUUGAUCCUAAAGAAAACCUCCUGUAUACUUCAAUAAAUGUUAAAUGGACAUGAUCCCUCUUUUAUGAUUUACUGGUACAUUUUUUAAAUAAACUGCCAUAAAAUACAUCCUAGCUGAAGACUUGCACUUGUAUGACUGAAUUCAUUACAGUCGGCAUAUUUAACUUGAUGCUUAUUAAUUCUAAAAUGCAGAUGAAAUAAAUGCACAUGGUUUUACCUCAUGCCAAAAUUUGGACUUGAAUUCAUCUUUUAUUUGGCUAUUUUAUGCAAACUAUCAGUAUUCUAAAUUUCUUAAGGGCUAUUCUGAGACAGCGUCUUUUCUCUGUUGAAAUGUCUGAUUUUUAGAUAAGCAACUGUACUCUUCAAUUGAUGACAGGGGCUAAGGACGGGCCACACAGGAGAACAUUCUGUAGUUCCUACUGUGUAGACUUCUGUCCAGUUUUAUACUUGCAACCACAGAUCCCUAACUAGAAAGGGAAAGGGAUUUGCUUGAUUUAAUAAUCAAGUCUCGUUUUUAACAUGACAUGCAUUGCUCUUACUGUUCUUAAUUUUUGAGCAGUCCUUAAAAGACUAAAAAGUUAUCACUGGUAUUACCUCAGACUAAUGAUCUGUUAUAUUAUAAAUACUAUAAAUCAGGCAAAACUGAAGCUUUUUUGUUUUCUGUUUGUUCUUUGUUUAUGAGAGUCAUGCUGGAAUUUUUUCACUUUUUGUUUUACAAUGUAUUAUUUCUAAUCAUUAAAAAUGACACCAACUGAG